AUGAGAACACCUUUCCGCAUUGCCCUCCUUUCCUCUACCUUAGGAGCCUCCACCGUUCUUGGUUUAAUUUCGAACUACACGGAGACGUGUGAGACCAUUGCCAACUCCAUCUCGAAGGACGCCGGAGUUUAUUACUGGGGGCAUCACCUUUAUCACAAGGGGAAUGGUCAUUGGGCCUCAUCUAGUAGCCAAGACUCAGCGUGUGUAGUUGAGCCUGCGAACGCUGAAGAUGUGUCUACCAUCCUCAGGAUAGUUGCGAAUGACUCUGCUCCUUUUGGGAUUCGAUCGGGGGGCCAUGCCACAAACGCGGGCUUCUCAUCGACCCCAGGUGUUCAGAUCGCACUUUUCAAACUCAGCGAAGUCACCUACCACCAGGCGCCGGCUGCAGCCGAUGGUUCAGUGGGGACUGUUGAUUUUGGAUCUGGACUGGUCUGGGAUGAUGUAUAUGCUGCUCUUCAGCCUCAUGGAGUCAAUGUCGUUGGCGGCAGAGUAACUGGAGUUGGUGUAGGAGGAUUCACUCUGGGAGGAGGGUAUAGUUGGCUCAGUAACCAAUACGGCUUGACUAUAGAUACCGUAACUGCUUUCGAACUUGUUCUGCCGAACAGUACUAUCACAACAGUAACCGAAACACAGAACCCAGACCUAUUCUUCGGCCUAAAGGGCGGAUUUAAUAACUUUGGCAUUGUCACAAAAUUCACUUUACGCGCAUUCCCCCAAGGCCAAGUUUGGGGCGGACUCAGCACGUUCACAUCCGAUCAGCUUGACAAAGUUAUUCAAGCGUCGACCGAGUUCGCUCAGCAAGUUAAAGAUCCCAAGGCUGCGAUAAUCCCAACCUUUAACUUCCUAUUGGAGCAGCCCGGUGUUUCAUUGCUUAUGUUCUACGAUGGUCCGACGCCCCCCUCAGGAAUCUUCGAAAGGUUCCAGUCCAUACCCCAUUUCACUUCAGACGUGAAGACUCGGUCGUUCACUAGCUUGGUACAAGCGAGCCCCGCAAAUACAACAUAUGGUCUCCGAGCAGCGUUCAAUACUGUAUCGCUAAAGAACUAUUCGCAGCCUAUCAUAGAACAGGUCCUGAACCAGAGCAAGUGCUGGGGAAAAGAAGCUAGCCUCAAAUUCAAGACCGACCUGUUCAUUUCCUACGAUGUCGAGCCGUUCUUGCCAACAAUGAACGCGCGAAGCAAGGGCGGGGCUUACCCACACGAUGACUUCCUUAUGCCUCUCAAUCUAUACUUUGGAUGGGUGUCCCAUCUAGAUGACAAGUGGUUUCAUGAUGCGAUUGAAGAAAGCACCAGAGUCAUCCGAGAGCAGGCCAUUGCUGAAGGCCAGGACAUCGCAGGAGACAAGCAAAUCAAGUACGGCAAUUACGCAUCAGCGAAUGAGGACCUCAGUUCUAUCUAUGGUGCCAAUCUACCCCGCUUGAGGGAUCUCAAGAAGAAAUACGAUCCUAAUAAUGUUAUGAACCUUGCAGGGGGCUACCGCUUCUAA